AUGGCCGGGCUACAAACACGCCACUUUCUCAAAGCCUUCAUCUUGUUUUCUUUACCCUUCCUUUACAACUGCUCUGCUAAACUGAACGUUUACCUGGAGGCAAAAGAGGUAUCGCGUUUUCUUUAUGGUAAGUAAAUAAAUCCCAGUUCUUGCAAAUAGUAUGACUUUCUUUUGCAUAAUUACACUUUCUACAUAGUUUAUUUUCAUCCCAAAAUUUACGUCCAGGCAUUGAUUUCAUGACCUCAGAGACAAAAUUUAGGUAGCUUUUGCAUUUUUGCGAAUGGAAAUAUGGCGAUCAAAUACACUGAUCAAGACUUUUCAUAGAAAAUAUUCAAUAUAGGAACGGCCAUCCCAGUGUCUCCCAUGAAGAUGGCGUCAUGCGUUCUCUAUUGUUGGUUUUAUCAGUUUAGAUGAAAGCCAUCACUUUGAGUGCAAUCUACAACUUUCGUCAGCUCUUCAGAGCAACAUGAGGUCUUUUAUCGCCUUUUCGUAUCUCAGGGUUAUUUUCGUUCCACGGCUUAAUCGUGCAGUCAGAGACAUCCGGAUAAACAGUGCAUAAGGACAGUUUUCAGCAUUCUUUCUCAAUAAACAACUCUUCCAUGCACUCCGAAAAUUUGGAUAAGGUCACCUGCAAUAAUGACAAUAAUUCCCGAACAGGGCUAAAGCUGUCUAUUAAGAAUUGAUACCUUUUUAAAGUGGCUCUGAUUGUGCAAGAAUACCACAAGCAUUUUUCUAUUCUUGCAUGCUGUGUCGUCGUCGGAGACAUCGAUUACAUUAGGUAAUUUGGACCACAAAGUUAUUUGACUCCUCCCUGUUUUGUCUGGCAUGAAAAAGAAUGGUGAAAACUAGAGUAUAUUGGUGUCCUUGAGCACAAACGUCAGAGAAACAUUUAACAUGUUUUUCAAUUCCAUUCCAAAGGAAAAGAGAGAAAUCUAACGCGAGAAAUAAUUUUACAAAAAGCCACGUCUUAUUACUGAAAACUUGCCCUCUUUUUGAUGAUUUGGCGUCCAUGUGCUUUGGGCUUUUUUUUAACGUUUAAGUUAACUGGCAAACCAACGAUUUUGCGUAGGAUUUCCCGUAGUAACUUUAUCAUAAACAAUAAAAAAGACGUUUGGAACCUAAUGCAGUAACUCAUCCCGUAGCUUGUUAUUUUAACUACAGACUACGCAGUAAUUAACAUUUGAAGCCUAUUUGUAGCUAGCAGAUUCAUUUUUGUUUACUUGCUUAACUGUUUCGAAGACAUGCUGUGAUGAAUAACACUGCGUAUUACGCCAAGAGACAUGACAGUAUAGCUUACAUGUAAACACCCCUUGGUUUCAAACUAGUAUUGACUCUCAUUAGUGAAUUGUUAUCAAUCAAAAUGGCGUACUUUUAAAGCUUAUUAAUGAAGAUAAAAACUUGCGGAAUGGCUUUCCCUGUGUUUAAUGAAACGAUUCCCGACGAUCGUAAAACGAUAUCCUAUGAUAAGCUUCUUUUUUUUUUUUUUUUUUUUCAGAAUGUAAAGGUAUCAAGAUAUUAGCACAACCGAAACAGCCAUCCAUCUAAAUUAACAUCAUUUUUACCUCCGAGAAAGGGAAGGGGAGGAGGUUUGGGGGCGGUGUCAGGCACGAAAUCCUGUCAUUGAUUUUGUCAUAUCAUUUUAAAUGAAAGGCACGACACAUAAUAUUUAGAAUUAGAUUUAGAAAUUUCACCUUACUUAUUUCCAUCAGUUGAGACACGCAUCACUAUUCAUUUCCUUCUUAAAACAGUGCCCUUCUCAGUCGACGAUUUCUUCAAAUUUCUUCAAUUGCGAUUGUAAAGCCUUAAAGCUGGCAUGAACUAAUUUCCAUGAAAAGAUAACUCUGGUACUUAGAGAGUCUAAUGUUUACUUUCUAUGCCAUUAGAUUUAAAAACAAACUUGUACCUCGUCCGAGAUGGUAUUGUGGCCCCCGUGCUGAAGACACCGAUAUUGUCAAGCAUGAUUCCUCCAAUUGACCACAGAAUCAAAGACCUCAAAUUUCGGUUCAAUGGCACUAAAAAGGUAAAAAAGCACAACACUUUCACUUUUACGCCUGAGUGGAUAGAACUGAGAAAGAUUGUGGAUACCGAAGAAACAAAACUAUCUUCCCUCGUACUUCAAUUUCUGUAUCUCUUACGGUAAUCAUUCAAAUUGCUUUAUUCAGUUAAGAUAAAGUUUACGCUUAAGGAGACUAUAUAAACUGGAAUUUACCUAAAUUCAUCAUAAAAGAAGUGAUGUAAACUAAAAUUCGAGAGACCUGGACAACUGUAGCUUCUUGCAUUAAUGAAAAAUAAAAUGAAUCGCAAUUAAAAGGGAAAUGAUCUCACGUAAAAAUUGUUUCCAUAUGGAACUCGACACGUUUUGAUUACAAAGAAAAGCAAACGAGGCAUAGAAGAAGCUUUGUAUUUAUUUCGUCCCAGUCGUGAAAGUUUAUCACAAUCCUUUUUUUUUCUUUUUUUUUUUGACCCCUUAUCUGACAGGCAAAAAUAACUCAAGAAAUGAAAAUUUUCCCACGCCCAGCCAACCAUAACGAGACGAGAACAACUGAAAUCGUAAAUCAACGAAAUAAUGAGAUUGGUGACGCUGUUAAGCAAUUAUCGGUUAAAAAUGAGAUCAGUGAUUGUAAAAUUUGACGACCUGUAUCAAAAUGUUUCUGGAAAUUUUCCAUGGCGAUGAUAAAAUUCGUUGGUCUCUGAAUUGGUAAGUAAAAGUUCUAAGGAAAGGCAAGACUCUUAAAAUGUAGUUAGGCAGAAGUUUACGGCAGGAAAAAAGCUCGGGUUGGCGAAUUAGUUCUAUGUUUGUACGGAGAAUGGCUGCAAAUUUCCAAUUUCUAUAUAUACGUUACUAUAAAAGAAAUUAAUUUUCCUUCUUAACAGGUAGGCAGCCCCUUAAAGUUACGAUUAUGCUCUCACUCUCUCAUGUACUAGAUGAAAUUCACUAUAUUUAGUUCGUUCCCCUUCAGCCGAGAAUUAAUUUGUUGUGUUUUAGUAGCUUUUAGUAACUCGUCCUCGCAAAGUGUUCAGCAACUGUUGGUGGUAUGACACGAAAAACCUUAUUUUUCCAGGUUCAGUAUUCCUUGAACUUCAAAUCGAGCAACGAAACCAUCAUGAGGCAUCCCACGACUAACAUCCGUUUGACGGGACUCGUACCCAGAAAAACCAAAGGUAAGAAUUUCAGUGAUUUGCUUCAAAGAUAUACGCCUACAGUUCGAAACCUCUUCUCGUAAAGGGUGGGGGUGAGUGCAUGAUGGAGCCUGUUGAGACAGAAUACUUUCACUUUUCCGCUUGAGUUAAGACAAAAAAAGAAACGAGAUACUGUUGCAUAUAACACUAUUUGAGACAGUUGGCUACUAAACUCAGUGAAGAUUUGCAACUGGAAAUCAUCGAACUCUCUAGGGGAGCUUGAAGGGAAUUUUUGGUGGCUGCCGAUAAAUCAACACAGUCAUCAACGUACAAAAUGAGCUUUCAUUAUGCGAAAAGUUAAAAAGGAAUCUGGUAAAUUCUAUCUGGGUGUUAAUCCAAGCUUGCAAGUAUAUAAUACCAUUAUUUCACCGAUGUGAUAUGGAUUAUGUCACUCCAUAUCCAUGUGAAUAAAAUUUAUGAGAUGAAAAAAUCUCAUAAAAAUUAAUAAGAAAAAAAAUUUGAAAGAUGCUGAUUUUUGGUUGAAUUUACAUUACUUUAUAUCUUUUACAUAAGAUGAUGUCGUCUGAUUGAGUAACCGCCAUGUUUCCUUGAUUUCAUAAGUUUGAGUCACAUUUCUCAAUAUCUUUUAAUUUGAGUUGUAACGGUCGAAAACGUUUCUCAAAAUAUCACAAUCGUUGUUUUCGUCGUCAGCUGUUUACCGAUCCGCUUACGAAAUAAUAGAUUUGGUCAUCUGCCAAUCAAGUCUGAGUAGAGUAAUAGCAUUUGAGAGUCUUGGGCUAAUUUUAGAUGGUCUUUUGAGUCGAGAAAUGUUUACAGGGGCUUAGAACAUGGUUUUGGGCUUCCAUCGGUUGAGGAAUGAAUGUCAUUUUUGUUAUGAGGGGGUGAAGGUAGCUGUUUGAUAAACAUGCGAUUUGUUUGGAACUACUCACGACUUAUGUGAUCCUUAAUCUGAGGUAAGAGACUCCCGCAAUGGAUCAAUUUUCUAAGAAGGAAACAAUUCCAGUGAAAAACCAUUACGUAGUAAGCAACACGGUAAAUUGUUCAAGAAAAGGAUACGAUUUAAUUGCGGACAUCUUGUUAUAUUUAGAUUAAAUCCAAUGCAUGUGUUAUCUCAAUUUCUUAUCUCAAAACCCUGCUCCGAGUUAAUUUGGUAAAACUGAUGAGCAAAACAUCUUUGCAGGGUGUUAACGAUGUUAUGAAUAAAGGUUUCCGUUUAAUUGUGUAGAGCUAAGCGGGCAUUUUAUACUCUCUUGGUAGAAUAUGGAACAAUUUUGAUCGAGUUUCAAUAAGCCUCUAUGCUACAUUUUAUUAUAUAUAUGUUAUGGAUUCAUUUCCGGUUUCAAGUAUCUUGUCUCACGAUGAAAAAAAAAAGAUAUUUAUAAAGAUAGUAAUAGAAAUAACGAUGAAGAAGAUAAAAAAUUAAAGCGAAUUUGCUAUAAAAUAACGAGGAAAAGUCAAAGAAAAAUAUUACCUGCCAUAACGUUGGACAUGAAUCUUCUUUUAAUUGUUUUAUUUGUUCUUCUGGUUUCGCAGUUAAGCAUAAUUUUGUCAUCCUGUCUACAAAAAGAAGCAAAUCGAUUCUCUUAAUUUCUUUAACAAAUAAAGAGCGCCUUUUACUCGCCAGGCAAACUAUGUUAUUCAUUCGGCUAAGAGCAAGCUCUCGUUGGCGUUGCACCACUGGCGCAAGCCCUUGGGGUUUCGAGGCAGCGACCGAAUGCAAACGCGGGAGACUGGUCUGAGAAAGGCGUGUAGGGGUUCUGGCACGCCAGACCCUUCAUAGACAUCUUGCAUGCUCGCUUUGUUCACCAGGUCGAAUCUCGCAAGCUUCGCCACUUGAGCUGUAAGUCUCAUUCAUGUAAAGCCUCGUCGUAAGGUGGUUAUAAUUUCGUGCCCAGAUCCUACCGUGUAACUGUAACUGAACCGCUUGGCCGUUAAAGGUCUGGAAACGAGGCUAGGUUGGUUAUUAGGCUGAUCUUUUAAUCAAUGUCUCGUGAUCGUCAACAAUUGCAAAGAUAACUUCUCCCAUCCUGACCAAAACUUGUCGACGGCGUCCUCCCUGUCGUCGUUUAUGACAAUAAUGCCAUAUAGGCGAGUUUAAAGUUUUUACCAUUCUGAUGCUUCAUUAUUACUUUGAUGUUUCUAAAGAGGGAGGGGAGAGAAAGGCAUUGUUAGGCUGUUCUUGUUCUUGUACGUUGGUUUUAUUUUUACCCUUCGAUGCAGGUGACUGAGGGCACGAGACCUAACUCCGUAAAGAUUCAUAUAAUUUCUAUCCUCAAGCGUUUCAUAACCUGGGUAAGGGUCACAUAAAGGGAAUUUAUGUCGCAAGGAGACUACCUCCGUCUUUUAAGCUCUAUUGGUCAAUUGAAAGCACGAGAAUGGUGUAAGAGGAAAAAAAGUGACCCCCUUGGUACGAAACAUUGAGGAAAGAAAACGUAGAGAAUUUUAAAAGAAAAAUUCAGGUUGACCACGUUUCAUGAAUAUCAUCAUUAUUACAUAUAUCUUUUCAUUGGGGCACAGAAAGUUGGUUAGUCAUGUUGUAUGGUUUUAUGAGCAUAAGAAAGCAGAUUAUUUAUAUCAAUUACACAAAUUAGAGAAUGUUUUGAUAUUAUUAGCCCACUGACCUGAAACAUCCCAAACUUUGACUUUGGCACCGGAUGACAGAUUAAGAGGAUUCACUUUUUCUGGUAUAAUCGACGUUAAUCCUCUGAUUAACAACCUUAGCAAAUUAUUAAUAUGAGUAUUCCAUUUUACACAUUGAUGGUCAAUUUCCACUCUAAAAUCCUGCGAUGGGUUAAAAUCCAUUAGUUUUACUUUAUUUUGACUUGGACACAGAGGAAUUCUUGAUGCUAUUUCCUUUCAGAUUAUGUUUCCAAAAAACCGGUGAUAUCUCUCCUGGGUCUUCAAGCACGGAGGGUCAAAAUCUCCUUGAUACAUGUCCUUUAAAUAACAGUUCACCAAAUCUGCAAGGUCAAGAGUCUAUUGAUUAUUCAUGUCUAUGCAGGGCCGCACAUCGCAUUAACCUUGAAUAAAAAGGCUUACUAAAAAAUAUUCUCCGGAACAUAGGAAGAUAGGAUGAUUCGGUUGUUAAGUGAAUUUUCGUGUAGUAUUAAGAAACGACAUAACCCAGACCACAGUUAAACGAGAUUAAGGAUUUAAAAGGUUUUAUGAAAAAGAGGAAGAUCUGAAAUAAAUUUAAUCCAUUUACAACGCUAUCUGCAUCAUAGAUAUUAGCUUCGCAACGGCCCUUUUCCUCAACACGUUAUGUCUUACUCUUUACUGAAGAGGGUCUGAUUACAGAUCUGGUUCUUUUGUGGGCACAGAACUUAGUCAGCCAUUGAGCGUAAUCCUUUUCUUCCGCAGUUUUCCGGGUGAAAUUCCCGUGCACCGGGAAGGUAACAGGAGAGGCCCUGCUAACCAUUAACAUCAGCUUUGCUGAAGUGACCGGAAGCCAGAUAUGGGGUCCUCUGAGCCUCACUUUGAGGCGCAACUGCGUGGCUGGUAAGUACGCAAAGGAAAAAAAGAAAUGAGUGAAAAAACUACGCAUAAAGGAAACAAUGAUGAGAGAGGGAAGUGAAGGUUUUGAAAAAAGAAAUUAGUGUAUUACUGAGUCACUUCAUGAAGAUUCUGGAUAGAGGAAGGACCUGAAUCGAGAUAUUUCAGAGUGCAGAACUUCAAGGAGGAUAAACAUGUAGUCCUAAUGAACUUUUUCCAACGAAAGGGAACCCUUCGAGAUAGGUAUACAUAUCAAGCGCAUGUCAUUUAAGUAACAGCGUGUGGAAUUAUCAGUUUAAUGUCUGUAGUCCCAUAUUUUUUCUAGACAAACACAAAUGGACCAACACGGGGUGGAAUUCCUCAGAACAAGGAGGCUCACCACUUCCUCCUCCAAAGAUUUGCAAUAAAAGGUGCAAUAGGAGACAUGUCAUGAGAAGGUUCUGUUUGAGUGAUUUUGGUGAGUUACGUCAUUGCUACUUGGGGUUAAAUCACCUUUUAUGAAAGCUGAUCAGACUCUGUAGUAUUUUCUUCAUGCUUCUUAUGCACCAUUCAAUUUGAAGCUUCAAUAUCCCUCACAGACAACCGACGGGGAUUUGACCGUCGUCCGUGCCCGGGGAUGGGUGAUUUGAACCUUUUUUGACUGGGGUGGGGAAUUUGAAUCGGAAGUUUCAUGUGUUUACAGCGGGAUACAAGUGUUAUAUCUUCAGAUAUGGAGGUGUUUAAAGGUAGACAGUUCGCUUUGCGAGCAAAUUGUUCAGAAGAAAAGAUCUACAAGGUCUGUUUUAAAGCUCGGUCAAUGUGUAAAAAGUCACGGUAGCUGAUUUUUCCUUUCACAAAAAUAAGAAAACAAAAAAACUUACCAUCAUAUCCGGCACUCGGGUGAGGCACUUGAAAACAAUUUUUUCCGGGGAAGUGAAUUUGAACAAGCAAAUCUUCAAAAGUUCAGAUAUUCGGGAGAUCUGCCCGGAGGAAUGUUGAUUGAUCGAUGCAAUAGUUUGAUAUGAAUCACGCGUGAAGUAUUGUCUAAGAGUCUUUUAGCAUUUGUGUACCCUAUGGUAAGAUAUUUGUGUUCUACAAGAAUCGCUUUUAAACACAUAAGCUAUUUCUCACAUAUCAGUGACCUCGGCAAAGUAAAUGAAGAACUCUAUCUGUGGACUUCAACCUGGUGUUUAGUACUAACUCAAUACGAAUACGAGUCGUUAUGCAAAAUGCAACUUGAUGAUGAGAAAAUAAAUAAUCAAUACGGACCCAAUCUGUGCGUACGCUAAUAACAAUCUCUUUCAUUUGUGUUUACUUGUCAGUGAUCAAAGCCCGAAUGGAAUCCGAGAUUAUGAAAAAUGGCUUGCCUCGUUUACGAGUCCGCAUACUGCGCAUGUACAAACAAGGGAGAGUCAAGAUCAACAACAGACAUCAGUUAUUGGACAAGAGAGGAAUGGAAAUAACCUGCAGCUGCAGUAAUCUGAAGGUCAACAAAGUGUAUUUGAUCCUGGGGAAGGAAGACAAGCGAAGACGCCUGUUGUACUUGGACAAUUUCUCGACAGCAGUUGAUUGGAGUAAAAAUGGUAAACAGUACAUUAGAGCGAACAGGAAGAAUAAUUCUUGUCCUCAGAGAAGAACACCUUAAAACGAACAAUACCAUGGCGACGAUCCCUGUAGAUUUGAGGCACCUAGAUAUUAAUUGUAAAAACUCGGUGAGAUUUAUCAUAAGCAGAAUACUUGCCAGAACAUGUAGACUUGCUCCAUAAUGUUUUUGCCAGCGGUUACGUUUCAAAAGUACUUCAUGUAAAGGGCUUUCAUAUAAACCACGCUAUCAAAGGUUUGUUACCUCAGGAUUAAUUGUUCAAGUGGAUGGAAAGUGCUUCAGGGCAAGCGCUCAGCAUGCAUUCGUCACAGCGGUUUAUUUGGCGGCGGUAGAAGCUGGGCAUAUUAAAUUAUGGCAAGAACACUUUUGCAUUUUGUCAAGUAAAGCUAAAUUUGAGAAUAAAGCACAUUUUAAAAACGCAC